UUCUCAAAAGGGUCAAUAGAAAUAAAACAAUUUGAAGGAGGCAAGUUUCAUCAUGUAUAAGUUUUCAACCAGCAUAACCAUUUUGGAUCAUGAAUCAAUGGAUACCCGAAAAGGAAACAAGCUUCCCUCAAAACUUGUGUCUGAUAGCAUUUCAAUGGACUCACUUUCUUUUAGUGGCUAUGUUUCUAUUCAAGACCAACAAACAAAACUCCCUUCUCCACCUAACCAAACUAAACACUUCCAAGUAAGCAAAAAUGAACUAGAAUUCGAGUUUACUAACACGAAAGCAAACUUGAAUUCGGCUGUCAAUCCAAUCAAGACCACACCUGCUGAUCAGCUUAUUUCCAAUGGUCAACUUCAACCACAAGCAUUUGCAUUUCAAACAACUCAGAAUUUGAUCAUAAAUCCGACCAGUUCCUCGAGAUCAUUACUAGCAACUCAUAUUGGUAGUGAAAUGUCAAGUGGGAAAACAGGCAGCAAUAUGAAAUAUCAUGAACUUGGCAAAGCAAGCAAACAUACUAACAAGCAAAACAGUGUGAUGAAGACAGGAUUUUUCAAGAAAAUAAAGAAUUUUCUAUCACCAUGUCGAGAAUGCCGAACUGUUAAGCCUGGUGCUGUUAAAGCACAAACUGUUCAAAGAGAAAACAUCAAAAUAUACUGAUGCAAGACUAAUCCUUUAUGCAAUUAUUUCUUGCAAGACAAGAAAAUGUCAUCAGGAAUCUGCCUUUUUAUAGUUAUAAGUGAAAAGUGUGCGUACGAGUGACAUGCUUCAUUUCAGCGUCAGUUACUGCAGUAUUAGGUUAUAUUAGCAUCAACUGAUCAAAAUAAUAAACCUCUAUGCUAUGGAUAUUUUCUAUCAUUUCUAUAUUAUUUGGUUUAGUCGAAGCUAUAAACGUUCUUUUUUAUAUAAACUUGCUGAUUAUAUGGCUUGCUAUUGA